UCCCCUGCUGGUAGCCUUGACGAGUGGAGAGCUGGAGAACACAAUUGACUCCCGGGAGGAAGUAGUUCACCAGCCGCUCGGGACGGUCUGAGGCCGUUCCUCCAGAAGGUCCCGACAGCCAGCGGCCGGAGCCCGUGUCCAGACGGGGAGGCCGGAACCAGCGACUGCCCGUCCUCUGCCCCGCGGUGACCAUGGCCAAGCACCUUGGCUUUGCCCUGAUUUUUUUCUCAUUCUGGACGCUGAGGUUCCUGACUCAAGCCUCUUUUCAGAUCAAAGAUCUCGUCACCCCGGAGUGCAGGAUUAAGGGUAUCUCGCUCAUCAAGAAAUCCCCCGGCUUGAAUUUCACGGAAGGCAAGGAAGCCUGCAGGAUGCUAGGAGUCCAGCUGGCCAGCAAAGACCAGGUGGAGGAGGCCAGGAGGCACGGUUUUGAGACCUGCAGCUUCGGCUGGGUGGCCAGUGAGUACCUGGUCAUUUCUCGGAAUACCGCAAACCCCAAGUGUGGAAAGAAUAAGACGGGCGUGGUGGAGUGGAGAGUUGAUCGGAGCAAGGAACAUUUUGUCUACUGUUACAAUGCAUCAGACACUUGGAUUGAUUCGUGCAACCCGGAAACAUCCAGUACCACCUCCACCGAGGACCACGGAAUUACCCAGACUGUCUCCUCUGCCACGGAGUAUAAUGUCACGGACGCCACCCACUUGAGCGCUUCCCCUCCUCCGCGAGGAAGAAGGACAAAACUGAUUUGUGUAACAGAAGUCCUUUGGGAGACGACUCCAUUAAUGAAAGAUGAAGUGACGUCACCCACGGGAAGCCAAGCUGCAUUUAAGAAUGAAGGAGUUGUCUUUGGAGGUUUGCCCACCACGCUCCUGGUGCUCGCCCUGACCUUCUUCGUCGCUGCCGCUGUCCUCGCUGUCUGUUACGUCAAAAGGUACGUGAAAACCUUCCCGUUUGCCAACAAGAACCAGCAGAAGGAAGUAAUCGAAACAAAAACUGUGAAGGAAGCUAAGGGUAGUACUGAUGUUCCCGAGGAGGAAAAGAAGAAGAAUGGUAAAAAACAAGAAGAGCCGAAGACUCCCCCAAAAGUCACAGUAAAAUGCAUGGAAGCGGAAGUUUAAAUGGAGCGGGCCUUAUCGGAAGGUGUUGGGUCCCUGACGACUUAGGUAACGCACUGGGACGUUUUGUUUUUUGUUUUCAUGGUAUUUGUUAAGCGCUUACUCUGGGCCAAGCAUUGUGUGACGUUCUGGGGUAGAUGCAAGCUAAUCGGGUCGGACAGAA